AUGGCAGCCGCCGCCGCCAAUCUCGCCGUCGGCCACCACGAUUCUACAGCACCAUAUUCUCGUUGCCAACACCACCACCGCGACGGGCACCAACCUUCUGCACCACCGUGUCGCCAUUACCAAGAACCUGCAGCUCACCGAAAAUCCGACCACCAUCAUGCAUCAGUUGCGUUCAACCAUCAUCGCGACGCCAUCCCCGUCCACACACAAAUGCAGCGAACACCACCGCGCAGCAGCUUCGCACGCCGGAAACAGCACCGUAGAAUCAACCAUGGCCACUGCAAACCUGCACCACCACCUGUCAUUCACGAACGCAACGGCAGCAACCAUUGCAGCUUGCGCCUGUCACCAUCUUCGCACCUGCACCAGCUCACGCCAAUGCAACUUCCUCCUUCAUCCCUGCACCAGCUUCACGGCCACCACGAGUUCUUCUUCCUCGCGCACAACCAUGGCAGCAGCUUCCAGACCAGCACCGCCACCGCAACGCACCACCGUGGAUGA